CACCCAUCGUGCCUCCAACGAUGACCAUCCCAACCAUCUCACUGCGCUCAACGAACCUCGCCCAGGAAGUGUAUGAGGCAUGCACGACGUCGGGAUUCUUCUAUCUGGAAGAUCACGACAUUGAUGCCGAGAAGCUGGGCGCCUGGCGGGCGAGCCAGGAGCUCUUCCUGGACGAGACGAAAGAAGCGAUAAUGCAGAAGAAUGACAGCAUCGACCGAGAGGGGCACACAGGCUACACGGCCUUGAUGCACGAGAAGCUCGAUCCUUCAAGUCCAAUCAAGGUGGGCGACCUCAAGGAGUCGUUCUACAUUUCUCCAAACGCACUCUUCGGAAAGAAGCAAAGGCUGCCCGGGAUCAUCCAGCAAUAUCAAGAAGGGUUGGAACGGCUGGACGCCGAUUGCAUACGCGUCUGCCUGGUCCUUCUCCAGGCGUUUGCGCAAGCACUCAAGCUCGACCCCGACCACUUCGCAUCUAAACAUCACGCAGAAGACGAUCGGCUCCGCCUGAUACAUUAUCCGCCUGCAUCAGUAGCAGAAGGGGAAUCUGGCAGCAUCCGAGCGGGCUCGCAUUCCGAUUAUGGCUCCCUCACACUCCUCUUUCAGAAGACCGUUAGCGGCCUGCAGGUCCAGACGGGCACGGACAUGUGGGCAGAUGUGCCUCCGAAGCCGGGGUGCCUCGUUGUCAACGUGGGCGAUGCCAUGGAAUUCUGGUCUGCCGGCCUCUUUCGCUCCACGCAGCACCGGGUCGUAAUGCCCCGCAAUGAAGCUGAGGCUGUCUCGCGCUUCUCCAUAGCCUAUUUUUGUCAUCCGGACAGCCAAGCCUUGUUGGAGCCCUUGACCAAGGCCGGGUCUGCAGCCGACGACUGGAAGGCCGUUCUGCAGAGAAAAGGCAUACAUGCGCUCGAGCCCAUGACUGGCGGACAGCACCUGAGCUCACGUCUCCGAAGCACAGGCCUUUGAUGCCGAGCCCUGAAGAAAAACAAAAUACUGCAGCGCGCCAGCCUUAGUGAGCUGGUGUUCAAUCGCCACUGUGUGUUAGUCUGUCGCCUGCGCUUGGCCGCCUUGCCCCGUAGCCGCGGCAUGCACGAGACCAUGCACGGUUCUUGAAUUCUGUAGCUCUAAAUUUUUGGAAACCUAGCACGGCUCGUCGAGCAAUUCAAGAACCCACACCGCGGAAUUCCAGUAGUCG